GAGCACUCACUUGCUCAGACUAACCAAUCUUCUCUCUCCAGGCAGGUGACAACAAUUGGAUUAGUACUGCAGGGAACAUCCAACUCCUGUUACCUCCUGUCCGUUCUUUGAUUGUAUUUGUCUGUUUGUUUAUUUGUCUGUAUUGUGGGGAGCAAUAUGGCGAAAUCAGGGAAGGCUGAGGGAGUUGAGAGUUUUGCGGAGACACCCCAGGUAAAGCUUGAGAUGAAAGUGCAGCCUGUAACACCUGUACCGCCUGACCCUUUAGAGGCUGAACUGCGGGCCCAAGAGGAGAAACUCCGCUUGCAGACCCAGGCAGUUGAGAACCUAAAGGCAGAGCUCAAGAGGAAGGAAGAGUAUGCCCAGGAAGAGGCCAGAAGAAAAGUGUUGAUUGGAGAUAUGCAGAGAAUUAUGAGCCUCGGUACGACCAGUCAGGCAAGUAAGGACAUGGCAGAAUUCAUCCUUUUGCAGGAUGAGAUUCACCGGUCCUACUUUACUAACUGGGAUGACCGAAUCUCAGGUCUAGAGACCAGUCAUUCAGCUUUGUCAAAGAAGCUGGAUGACAUCUCUGCUCAGUUGAACAACAUUGCCAAACAGCUGCAGAUUACCCCUGUUCAGACUUUUCCCCCCUCUUCGGGCCCUUCUGCAACACCUGUCCCAAACCCCCCACACUCUACACCUACAUCCCCACCUCUUACACCCAAGUCACCAGCACCAUCUCAGUCCUCAGCCCCAUUUGAGCCGCAGCGGCCCAAGCUGACCCCUCCACCAAUGUUCUCAGGAGAAGAUCCUAAGGUGGAUGUGGCAGAUUGGGGCUGUACUAUUUUCAGCAAGAUCAACCUCAAAUCUGGUUACCACCAGAUUGAGAUGGCUGAAGGCGAUGUCCACAAGACAGCCUUCAAAACAAGGUAUGGGACUUACGAGUACCUGGUUAUGCCAUUCGGCCUUUGCAAUGCGCCAGGCACCUUCCAAACAGAGAUGCACCGCAUACUGAGGCCUUACCUGGACAAGUUCGUAGUUGUCUACCUUGAUGACAUCUUGGUAUUCAGUCGUUCUGUCCAUGAGCAUGCGCAGCAUCUGGCUCUGGUCCUCCAGGCCUUACGUGCUAACCAGUGUAAGAUCAACAGGGAGAAGUCCUCCUUUGGAGUUCCCUCUGUGAUCUAUCUGGGACACGUGAUUUCUGGAGAGGGGUUGGCUCCUGAGGCAACAAAGGUUGCUGUAGUUCAGGACUGGCCGCGACCUGCUAACAUUCGUGAUGUCCGGUCUUUCUUGGGGCUUGCAUCCUACUACAGGAAGUUCAUCAAGAACUUCUCAGGGAUUGCAGCUCCCCUGACUGAUCUUACAAAGAAAGACGCUUCCUUUCUUUGGACGUCAGAAUGUCAGGAGGCCUUUACACGUCUCAAGGAGGCCUUGAUUCGUGCCCCUGUCCUGAAGUUACCUGACCCUACUUUGCCUUUUGUACUGACUACUGAUGCUAGCCAGUAUGUAGGGGCGGUACUUCAGCAGGAUGAUGGGAAUGGUCUGCAGCCCAUUGAGUAUAUGAGCAAGAAGAUUAAGACCAAGAAGCUGCAGGACUCUACCUAUGAGAAGGAGCUCUAUGCUCUUGUGUCAGCGCUCAAGCAUUGGAAGCACUUUCUCCUGGGCAGGCACUUCAAGAUCUUUUCAGAUCACUCCACCCUUCAGUGGAUGAAGUCCCAGGGAGAGCUGAAUGACAAGCUUGCUCGCUAUAUCCAGUUCAUUGACAUGUUUGACUUUGAACUGAGACACAAGAAGGGCUGCUACAAUAGAGUCGCACAUGCCCUUUCUCGUAGGUCUGACGCUCUCUUUCCGAUCUCCUUUACUCACUCGUUUGGGGAGAGGACACGUCAGACCAUUGCCCAGUUGCUGCCCCAAGAUGAGAUCUUUGGGCCUAUUGUGAGGAAUCUCCAGGACGAUCCGGCCUCUGAACCAGGAUACUCUCUGGUCUCAGGCCUGCUGUACACGAGCAGCAAAGGCGAGGAGCGCCUGUGCAUUCCCCAGGACCACAAGCUGAGGACCCUUUUGAUGUCGGAGUGUCAUGACGCUCGUGGUCACUUUGGUGCCCUCAAAUCUUAUGCAGCCCUGUCGCAGCGCUUCUUCUGGAAGGACAUGAGGAGUGACAUGCUGCACUAUGUGGAAACCUGUGAGUUGUGCCAAAGGAACAAGGUGGUACGUCGACCUCCCCUUGCCUUACUCAAACCCCUACCUAUCCCUGAUGCUCCUGCACAGUCAGUUUCUAUUGAUUUCACUGACUUGGGUAGGACCACACCAUGAGGGAUGCGUCAGGUCAUGGUAUGUGUGGAUCGGUUUUCCAAAUAUGCAGAGUGCAUCCCCUUACCAGCUGAGGCUC